AAUGUCAAUAUCGGUCAAGCAGUGCACAGUGUCGAUUUUUCUUCCCGCAGUGCUUGUGCCUUCGACAGAGGAAGACGUGAAAAAUAAUUGCGAUAAAAUAAUUGUGAUUAUCCCUCAAAUUUUUAAUUCUUUAAUUAAACUUAGAAACCGUCGAAAUCAAUAAUUUUUUUGCAGAAAAAAUAUUUUUAAAAUAUUUUUAAAAUUCAACUUUUAACUUCAACAUUUAACCAGAAAUUUCACAUUAAUUUUUCUUCAAAAACCUCUGAAAACAUGUUUAUUUACACUUUCAAACGACCUCUCGCCUCCUGAAACCGGUCAGAGGUCACUGCCAGCCUCGACCAAUGGGAGCGCGACUAUCCGCGAUGAGAUCCUGCGCUCAGCCAAUGGUCGGCGCCAGGACGCGCUCCUCUGACGAGAAUCGGGAGGGAGAGAUGAAACGCGAGCUGUCUGGUAUGGGACUCUACGAGGACGGGAUGACCGCCGCGGAGAUGGAUCACAUGCUUCAAGCCUACAAUGAAUCAAUGAACAACAGUGGGGAGAUGAGUCGCCAAGAUUCCUUGUCCAUGGAAAUUCCAUCAACUCCCCCAGCAGAAGGCACGAACCACAAGCCGCCUCGAUCGGCCCGGGACUCCACCUCGCCAGAACUGCCCUCAGCAGUGCUCUCAAGUCGUCAGAAAGUCCAGAACAAGAAGCCGCCAGAAGCCGAGGCGGUGCAGUCCCCAGAGUCCCCAUCAAAGCCAGGCGUCACAAUAGGGACACUUCACGUGCUGUCUCCCAGUCCCCCGAGAUUUGGGGCCCCCGGCGCAGCCCCAGAGGCCUCCCAGCCCCCCCAGGACCCCCCGAACAUCCCGAAGAAGACCCAGAGUGUCCAGCCAAAGCUGCGGAGCCUCCUCCAGGCCCCGAAAAUCGAAAUGUGGAAGAUAGACCCCUGGGAUCCCCAUCAGGAAAAGGAUGUUCCCCUCAAGAAACUCCAGCGUUUUCAGGGCUCUCGGCCCCCAGUCAAGUUCAAAAUGGUGGAUGGAGUGCCCCAGAUACCCGAGGAGCUCAAGAAAUUCGUGGACAUGAGCCUCAUGGAGUGCCACAGGUCACACUACGAGAAUCACAGGGACGAGUACAGUCACGAGGUCGUUUGGGGGUCACCCAUCAAGGCGGCGACAGGUCCCUGGAACGGAAGUCUGGACAAGGAUUUCCGUCCAGAGCGAGAGAUCCCCGCGGUUCGGCCCGGUCUGCGCUCGCAAUCGCAGGAGAAGUCCCUGACGAAGUCUGGAUCCAGCGUUUUCAGCUUCAACACCUCUGACGACGACGAGGACUUCGAGACGACUCGAAAGCGUCCAAAGUCGUCAGGUUUUCGUCCCCUGGCGCCCCGCCUGAGCCUGCCAGGUCGUCGUGGGCGCACUGCCCCGAGGCCGACCCAGUCCCCGAUCGAUGAGGAAGAGCCCUCAAAGUCGGACGACAAGGACCCGGACUGGGAGGAGCGACCAAAGAGCACUCCCUCCAGGAAACGUCCCCUCAAGAGUCGAGACUCGAGUGCCCCAGAGGUGGCAAGGUCCACUCGCGAGGCUUCCCCGGAGUUCGAGCCCCAGGAGAUCCCCCCAGAGCUGCGGGGAAAGCCCUCGAACAGUCCAGACGUCGCUGAUGUGUCCUCAGUGUAUCCCAGGAGAGUACCUCCCCCGAAUCCCUCACGACUUCGAGGCCCCAGGGGACGAAAACCAGCGGGAGUGGCCAAACUACUCAGCAACAGACCACAACUCUCGGUGGAGAGGGUCACCAGGCGGAAGCCAGAGCCCUCCCUCACUCCUGAUGAGAUCGAGGCCAUGAUGACUGAUGAUGAGGACGAUUCACCUAUUUUUGUCGCUGAGAAGACGAGCAAGAGGGCUGAGGCUGCAUUGGCACUCCUGGAGAGGGCUAAGGAGGAGGAAGCCAAUGAAGAGAGAAAGAAACAGGAUCUGGAGAAGAGUCGAAGGGCUCAGGAGGACAGAGCGAAGCAGGAGAGGAUUCAGAGGAGGAUCAGGGCGGAGCAGCAGCUGAUGAGGGCUAAGGAGAGUAUAGCAACGCUGGAGAAGGAGAGGGGAGACAAGUACAAGGCUGGGGGGCAGGUCAGACUGGGGAGGAGACCUGAAUUGGAAGGGGACUCCGCUAGGAAAACUGCGAGGGCUAGUGUUCUCAACUGGGAUGCUGAUAAUCGACCAACUCCUACUGCUGACGAGGUGGAGGACAUGUUCACCGCGACCCCCGAGGGGCGACAGGAUGUCCAGUGCCCCAUCUGCUCGAAGUACUUUCCUCAGGGCCAGGAGAUCGAAACUCACGCUGACACUUGUGUGGAUUCAUUCGGGGAUGGGAAUGUCGUCGAUGUUGAGGAGGACGGGCACAGGACACCUCCCUCUGGUCGACAGUCUGCUGGCACCUUCGAGUGCUUCAAGUGCGGGAGGUAUUGGACGAGGGACGGACACGAGUUCGAAGAACACAUGUCAAAGUGUAUUAAGGAUGGGGGGACAGCAGGUAGCAGUCGAACAGCUCCCAUAAACAUCCCAGACUCUCCAAUUCGUUGUUUCAAGCCCCUGAGUAAAAUCGAAAACUCACAAAUAGACUACUGCGCUCAAACGCGAACGAGAAAGCCCUCGCCAAGAGGCGGUGGCAGUCGUAAAAGAAGGAAACAAUCGUAAAAUUGAAUACCUCAAGUCUUCCUUCCAAUGUUUUUUUCAACGUCUAGCUCUGUUACAACAAAUGGACUUUUGUAAUUCCAAAGUUCCUUUGCUACCUUUGAGACGCCAGUAUUUAAAUAUCGGAAAAAUGGGUCCUAAAGCCGGUGAGUGUCUGUGGUAAAAAAAAAUCUCAGCGUUCAAAUCUGCGAGGAGUGAUGAGUGAUGAAAUAUCGAGAGCCUGUGGGAGCUCCAAAGCAACACAUUGAUGCCUUAAAAAAUCUUCAAGUUCGAGUGAUGAACUGGUAAACAAAUUUAUAUAAUUUUUCAAAUUUUUAGUACUGGCUGAAGUCAUAGUUUCAUAGAAUUUAUACAGAUGUUUUUUUUUUAUUUUAUCUACGCACAUUUGAAAUGUGAAUCCUCCGGUGGGGAGAAUAUAACUGAAAUGGUUUCAUUCGUUUAAGGCAGCUGUGCAUAAUGAAAAUUGCGUCGUUUGAUUUCUAAUAAAAGUUGAUGCAGUUGUAA